AUGCGUCGCCGCCGCCCGCGCCCAGCGCAGGUGUCUGCUGCCAGCAACGUCAAGGCGGUCGCCGGCAAGGUCGCCCACACCUGCCGCGCGGGCGACGCGCCCGCCAUGCUGUGCACUGGCAGCCAGUGCAUCAACCAGGCGGUCAAGGCCGUCUCCAUUGCGCGGGGCUACCUGGCCAACGACGGCCACGAUUUGACAUUCCAGACGGCCUUCAGGGAGGGGGGCACCCCCGAGAAGCCUUCUGUGGCGCUGUACAUGGCCAAGCACCCGCUGGGCUGGCCCAUCACGCCCAAUAACGUGGAGAUGCAGGUGGGCGCGACCAGCGGCGUGCAGGUGGUGUGCACGGCGCUGGCGCAGCGCAUCCGGGAGGGCAUCGUGCCCUGCCUCACCGGCAUCGGCGGCGACGCGGUCUCCAACUGCGUGCUGGCAAUCGGGCACACGCGCCUGGCCCUUGAGCCUGACGGCCUGGACAUCCGCGCGCGCCCCGAGUUCAUUCACGUGCAGAAGCAGGGUGGCGAGCUCAACGCCAUCAAGUUCCACAUCCACGUGGACAAGAUCUAG